AUGAGCCCUUCCAAGCAGCGACAACAUCGCAUCUCCACCGGAGAAUCCAAGUCCAAAUCAGUCAGAUCCGGUUCUUCCUCCGCCGUACCGGAAUGGAUUUCCGAAUCAAUCAACGGCGGUUCUCUCCGCCGCGUAGAUCCCGAUACAGGCACAGAUGGCUGGGCUUCUCCUCCCGGCGACGUUUUCUCUCUCCGCUCCAAUUCUUACUUGACCAAAAAACACAAAUCUCCCGCCGGAGAUUACCUCCUCUCUCCUUCCGGUAUGGACUGGCUCAAAUCAGCUACGAAACUCGACAACGUGCUCGCUCGUCCCGAUAAUCGUGUUGCUCACGCGCUUAGAAAAGCUCAAUCUCGAUGUCAAUCUCUAAAGAGCUUCAUCUUCGCCGUGAAUCUACAAAUUCCAGGUAAAGAUCACCAUAGCGCUGUGUUCUACUUCGCGACGGAGGAACCGAUUCCUUCCGGUUCGCUUCUCCACCGGUUUAUAAACGGAGACGACUCGUUCCGGAAUCAGAGAUUCAAAAUCGUGAAUCGGAUUGUGAAAGGACCUUGGGUAGUGAAAGCUGCGGUUGGUAACUAUGGUGCUUGUCUUUUAGGUAAAGCAUUGACGUGCAAUUACCAUAGAGGUCCUAAUUACUUUGAGAUCGAUGUCGAUAUAAGCAGCUCGGCGAUCGCGACGGCGAUUCUUCGGUUAGCUUUAGGGUAUGUGACGAGCGUGACGAUCGAUAUGGGGUUCCUUGCGGAGGCGCAGACGGAGGAAGAGCUACCGGAGAAAUUAAUCGGAGCUGUUAGGGUUUGUCGAAUGGAAAUGUCGUCGGCGUUUGUGGUCGAUGCUCCACCGAUGCAGCAACCAUCGUCACAACCAUGUAGAACGUUGAGUUCGGCGAAAGUUAACCACGACGAAGAUGAGGAUUGA